AUGGCUUUUGGCCAUAGGCGAUCAUUGCUACCAGUCUUCUUUCUCUGCUGCCUUCGAAUCUGCUGCACGGAGCAUGAGCAAGACUCUGAUGUGAACUGUUAUCAAUCCUCAGCAUCAACCUACACCUUCGUGAAGCACGCAGUGCAGGCACCGCCGGUGUCGUACUAUGACUACAUCAUAGUCGGCGGUGGGACGGCAGGCUGCCCACUGGCCGCAACCCUGUCGGAGAAGCACAGCGUGCUGCUGCUGGAGAGAGGUGGCUCGCCUUACGGAAACAGAAACAUAACAGAGCUGGCAUACUUCAGUCAGAACCUGGCCGACACCUCGCCGGCCUCGCCCUCCCAACGCUUCCUCUCCGAGGACGGGGUCAUCAACGCGCGCGCUCGGGUGCUCGGGGGAGGGAGCUGCCUCAACGCAGGGUUCUACACGCGCGCCAGCCCCGAGUACGUGAGGGACGUCGGCUGGGACGGGGCGUUGGUGAACCAGUCCUACCAGUGGGUGGAGAAGAUGGUAGCCUUCGAGCCGCCGAUGCUUCAGUGGCAGUCGGCGGUCAGGGACGGGCUUCUGGAGGCUGGCAUUACGCCCUACAACGGCUUCACGUACGACCACAUGUACGGGACAAAGAUCGGGGGAACCAUUUUUGACAGAGACGGGCACCGGCACACCGCUGCCGAUCUGCUCCAGUACGCGAAUCCCGACGGACUGAUGGUUCUUCUGCAUGCCACGGUAGGAAGGAUCUUGUUCCGGCAAACAGGUAAUGGAGGAGCGGCAAGACCGGUAGCUCAUGGAGUUGUGUUCCACGACGCGGCGGGCGUGAGGCACAGGGCGUACUUGAACAAUGGUGCGAAGAAUGAGAUCGUAGUGUGCGCGGGGGCAGUGGGGAGCCCUCAGCUACUCAUGCUGAGUGGCGUCGGCCCGAGGGAUCACCUCGAGUCACUGGCCAUCGACGUCGUGGUGGACCAGCCCAUGGUGGGGCAGAGUAUGUCGGACAAUCCCAUGAACGCCAUCUUUGUUCCUUCUCCAACGCCGGUGGAGGUCUCCCUCAUACAAGUCGUCGGCAUCACCAGGUUUGGGAGCUUCAUCGAGGGGGCCAGCGGAUCCAACUUCGCUUCACACUACUCCCAAAUCACUCGCGAACUCAGAUUUGGCAUGUUUUCUGCUCAGGUACCUACUUAAAGCUGAUCUGAAACUUGUACGUGCGUACCAGUACAUCAGUCUCAGAUGAUGCACGAACACAUUGAGCAUAUGUUUCCGCUGCAGACUGGCCAAAUAUUCACAAUCAAUGACAUGAACGACCUUCCUGCUGCGUCGUCCUCCAUGAGAGGAGGGUUCAUACUAGAGAAGAUCAUGGGCCCCCUCUCCACAGGUCAUCUUGAUCUCAAGAACAAGAACCCGGAUGACAACCCCUCUGUCACCUUCAACUACUUCAAGGAACCCGAGGAUCUACAAAGGUGCGUCAAAGGCAUAGAGACGAUCGAGAAGGUGAUACAGUCGAAAGCCUUCUCUAGGUUCAGGUUCCAGUAUAUAUCGACGGAAGAGCUACUCAGAAUGACCUUAAACUUCCCCAUGAACUUACUGCCGAAGCAUGACAACGCCUCCAAGUCCUUGGAGCAGUUCUGCAAGGACACAGUGAUGACCAUAUGGCACUACCAUGGAGGUUGCCAAGUCGGCCAAGUGGUCGACAAGGAUUACAAAGUUGUCGGCGUGGAUGCACUCCGAGUAGUGGAUGGAUCCACGUUCAACUUCUCCCCUGGCACAAAUCCUCAGGCCACAGUCAUGAUGCUUGGCAGGUACAUGGGGAUCAAAAUCCAAACUGAGAGACGGGAAACAGAUGAUGAAGUACGGAGGAAAUCCUGA